AUGCUCUACUGUCAUCUUGAUUGGAUCGGAUGGGAAAACUAUGAAUGUAGAUUUAAUGAACUUAUUAAAGAGUAUGAAUUUGAGGCAUGGGAAGCAUUCUCGUUUUCUCAGGAGAAGUUGCAUGAGUUGUCAGAAAAAGUAAAGAAUGUUCACCAUGCUGGUCAACCAAUGCCUGGUGAGGAGCAAGAAGAUAUAGUCAUAACCAGUACCCAGAAUAACCUAUUAAAUAUGAAGUGCCCUUUGACAGGAAAGCCUGUUACAGAAUUACAAAAUCCUGUCCGCUGCAGGAUGGACUGCAAGCAUAUUUAUGAGAAGGAACCAGUAAUCCACUACAUAAGCACAAAGAAACCACAUCCUCGAUGCCCAGUUGCAGGUUGCCCAAAAAUUCUCCAAGUUGGAUGGGUUGUAUGCGACGCCUUGCUUACAAUAGAAAUUGAUGAAAUGCGUUUGGCAUCAACUACAAACAUAAAUUCAACAAUGGUAGAAGAUUUUUAUAGAAGUUGA